AUGGACGCAAUGAUAACCGUCGCGGCUUCUGAGCCCGAGAAGCUCACCGAGGAUGUUGAGAACCUUAGCUUGUCACCAUUUGGCAUCGCCAGGUCUUCAGUCAACGAGACACCACUUACCGACGAUGAAGUGCGCCUGAUGACCGAUUACUUCCACGCUUCGAUGUACAUGUGCCUAGGCAUGAUUUACCUUCGAAGGAAUCCUCUCUUACGCGAUCCGUUGACGGUCGAGCACUUGAAGCGCCGCCUCUUGGGUCACUGGGGAUCCGACGCCGGCCAGUCGUUCACAUACAUCCAUAUGAACCGUCUGAUCAAGAAGUACGAUUUGGACGCUCUCUUUGUUUCUGGUCCUGGCCACGGUGCGCCUGCCGUUCUUUCCAACUCCUACCUCGAGGGUGUGUACUCUGAGGUUUACCCCGAUAAGAAGGAGGAUGAGGAGGGCUUGAGGAGAUUCUUCAAAUACUUCUCAUUCCCUGGCGGUAUCGGCUCGCAUGCCACUCCCGAGACCCCAGGUAGUCUGCACGAGGGUGGAGAGCUUGGGUAUUCGAUCUCUCACGCUUUCGGUGCAGUCUUUGACCACCCAGACCUGAUUGCGCUCACGAUGGUCGGUGACGGCGAGUCUGAGACUGGUCCGUUGGCUACGAGCUGGCACUCAACCAAGUUCCUCAACCCCAUCACUGAUGGAGCUGUCUUGCCCGUCCUCCACCUGAACGGCUAUAAGAUCAACAACCCUACGAUUCUCUCUCGUAUCAGCCACAAGGAGCUAGAGGCCCUUUUCGUUGGAUACGGAUGGACACCAUACUUCGUGGAGGGAAGCGAUCUGCCGUCGAUGCACCAAGCUAUGGCUGCUACACUGGAGCGCUGUGUCACAAAGAUCAGGGAAUACCAAAAAGAAGCCCGCGACUCUGGUAAGGCCUUCAGGCCCCGUUGGCCUAUGAUCGUUCUUCGCACACCUAAGGGCUGGACUGGCCCCCGCAAAAUCGGCGACCACUACUCUGAAGGUUUUUGGCGCGCUCACCAAGUUCCCAUCACCGACGUUCUUACCAACAACGAGAGUCUGAAGAAGCUUGAGGAAUGGAUGCGCAGCUACGGGCCCGAGAAGAAGUUUGACAAGGAUGGCAAACUCAUUCCUGAGCUGAGGGAUCUGGCACCCACAGGCAACAGGCGUAUGAGUGCCAACCCAAUCGCAAAUGGUGGACUGCUGAAGAAAAAACUGCACGUUCCGGACUUCCGCAACUACAGCGUUGAGGUCAAGAAGGGUGGUGUUUCGAAGAUGGGUAGCAUGGCGAACUUCGCUGCCUUCCUCCGCGAUGUCGUCGCUCAGAAUAUGAAAGACUUCCGGGUUUUCGGCCCCGAUGAGACUCAAUCGAACAAGUUGGACAAGAUCUACGAGGCUGGCAAGAAGGUUUGGUUAGCUGACUACUUCGAGGAAGACGAGGAUGGUGGUAACCUUGCCUAUGAUGGACGUGUCAUGGAGAUGCUCUCAGAGCACACAGUCGAGGGUUGGCUUGAGGGCUACAUCCUGUCCGGACGACAUGGUCUCCUCAACAGUUACGAACCUUUCAUCCACAUCAUUGACAGCAUGGUGAACCAGCACUGCAAGUGGAUUGAAAAGUGUCUCGAGGUUGAGUGGAGGAAGAAGGUUGCGUCGCUCAACAUUCUUCUCACAGCCACCGUCUGGCGACAGGACCACAACGGCUUUACGCACCAGGACCCUGGUUUCCUUGACGUCGUCGCAAACAAGAGCCCUGAUGUUGUGCGUAUCUACUUGCCUCCUGACGCCAACUGCCUCCUCUCAACCAUGGACCAUUGCCUUCGCAGCGAGAACUACGUCAACGUAAUCGUCGCCGACAAGCAGGAGCACUUACAGUUCCUCACCAUGGAUCAGGCUAUUGAGCACUGCUCCAAGGGCGUUGGUAUCUGGGAUUUUGCUUCUAACGACAAGGGCGAGGAGCCCGAUAUCGUCAUGGCAUCUUGCGGUGAUGUCUCAACUCAUGAAGCGCUUGCAGCCACUGCUCUCUUGCGCACUCACCUACCACAGCUGAAGAUUCGCUUUGUCAACGUCGUUGACCUUUUCAAGUUGAUCGAUGCAAGCGAGCACCCUCACGGUCUGCAAGCACAUGAGUGGAAGGCUAUCUUCACUGACAACGUGCCUUGUGUGUUCAACUUUCACUCAUACCCUUGGCUCAUCCACCGCCUUACAUAUGGCCGCAAGGGUCAGCAGAACCUACUUGUUUGCGGGUAUAGAGAGAAGGGCAACAUUGACACACCGCUCGAGUUGGCCAUCCGUAACGGUACCGACCGCUACAGUUUGGCCAUCAAUGCCAUCGACCGCAUCGCUGGACUGGGUAACAAGGGCGCGGCAGCUCGCGAGGCGAUGCUCAACGAGCAGAUUAAGGCGAAGAACUACUCUUACCACGAGGGACUGGAUCCCAAGGAAAUUGAUGACUGGGUCUGGCCUUUUUAG